CGACCAUCAAAUGAUGAUGAUCGGCGCUUAAACCGCGCGAGCCGGCGACCAAGCGCAAGAUAUUGCUGCCCAUUGCCGCCGCGGACCACGCGCAGACGCUCGCGGAGCCGCUUGGGCGUGCGGCACCCAGGCGUCGCGUCCUGCAAUCCUUGCAAGGCAAUCCUUGCAGCCGGGCAAGAGCAGGAGCAGUAGCGCGGGCGGCGCAUCGCAAGAGACUCCCGCGCGGGCGGCGGGCGCGGCAUCGCAAGAGACUCCCGCGCGGGCGGCGCGCGGCAUCGCAAGAGAACCCGCGCGGGCGGCGGGCGCGGCGCCGGCAUCGCGCGCGAUGGGCUGCAGCAGCUCGGCGCCGGAGGACGACGCCGCGCCGCCGACGCCCGAGCCCUGGGUGCCCGGGCAGCUCGUCGGCAGCGACAAGGGCGUCGUCUACUCGCUCCCGAGCGACGAGCCGUCGAGCCGUCGGUCGUCGGCCCAGGCGAGCGACAGCGGCCUCGCGUCGAGCCACGCCAGCGACGACGCGCUCCUGCUGCCCGACAGCGAGAUCCAGUCGCGGCUCCUGAGCAUCGGCCAGCGCGCCAGCGAGGACGAGCUGCGCCCGCCGACGCGGCUCUACCGCGUGCCGUCCAAGGAGAACGUCGAGCUCAUGGCGGAGCACAUGCAGCUCUACGUCUCCACCAAGAGCGGCGUCAUCACGCUGCUCGACGUCGCGCCCACGGACACGGUCCUCGACGUGAAGAAGAAGCUGCACUCCAAGGGCGCGGUGUCGGCCCGCAAGCAGCGCCUCAUGCACGGUAGUACGGACCUCCAGGACCACAUGGAGCUCCGCGAGUACCACAUCCAGCCCGAGUCGACGCUCCGGCUCCGCGUAACGCGCGACGACGCGGGCCUACGCUUCCUCUGACGCCCCCUCCUCCGUCUCAUUUCAUUCCAUCCGACCGCCCGCUUCACCUCAACACGUACCUCAACUGACCGCGCCCGCGCCUCCGACGGCGAACCAUCCCGCCGCGACGCGCGAG